AAAAAAUUUUGGUCUAAUAUUCUCUUUCUUAUUUACUAUAUAUAUACGAGAAACAGUAGAGGAGGAGAAGCUAAAAUUUGAAGAAUGGUUUCGAGGGAAUACAACAGAGAUUCCUCUCUUCGUGAAAAGUUUCAACUGCUUCGUUCAAUCACUAACUCUAAUGCUGAAAGCGAAACCUCGAUCAUAAUGGAUGCAUCUAAAUAUAUCAAAAAGCUUAAGCAGAAAGUUGAAAAAAUCAACAAUGAGACCACGUCUGAGCAAUAUGAUACUACCGAUCCAAUGGUUAGAGUGGAAACCCUCGAGAAGGGAUUCAUGAUAAAGGUAAUGUCAGGGAAGAAUGAGGCAGGCUUGUUGGUUUGUGUUCUUGAAGCCUUUGAAUAUCUUGGACUUGAAGUUGUUGAAGCUAGGGUUUCAUGUAUGGACUCAUUUAGCUUACAUGCCAUUGGUUCAUCACAUAAUGAUGAUGGUGAAAGCAUGGAUGCUGAAGCAGUGAAACAGGCAGUUGUAGUGGCAGUCAGGACCUGGAGUGAUAGCCAUGAUCCAAAAGGGUAGAGACAGGUCAAAUGUUGAUGAUUGUAUCUCUCUCUAUAUAUUUCUACAUUUGUUUAACCUACAAGGGAUUUUAGUUAGACAUUCAAUCAAGAAGAGGUUCAAUUGUAUGUCUCUCUAAUUAAUCAAAUUUCUAAAGUAAAUUUCUUUGGCAUCAAGUUCAUAAAUUCAUUACCAAUGUGUGAAAACUCGUAUAAUUUAAGUAAAAAUAAACAUUCAGAACCUAG